GGUCUAGAAGAGAGGACCAGAACAGUAGUCUGUUCAAGAAGAGAGGACCAGAACAGUAGUCUGUUAUAGAAGAGAACAAAAAAAGCAACUACUGUGAAUAUCAUUAUUUGACCCUGCUGGUAUGAACAUUUGAACAUCUUGGCCAUGUUCUGUUAUAAUUUCCACACGGCACAGCCAGAAGAGGACAGGCCACCCCUCAUAACCUGGUUCCUCUCUAGGUUUCUUCCUAGGUUCUGGCCUUUCUAGGGAGUUUUUCCGAGCUACACCUGCAUUGCUUGCUGUUUGUGGUUUUAGGCUGGGUUUCUGUACAGCACUUUGAUAUAUUAGCUGAUGUAAGAAGGGCUAUAUAAAUACAUUUGAUUUGAUUUUGAUUUGAUUUGGACUACAGGAAAAGGAGGACCGAGCACGCCCCCUUUCUCAUCGCCUGGGCUGUCGUGGAGCAGGUUGAGAACUUCAAGUUCCUUGGUGUCCACAUCACCAACAAACUAGAAUGGUCCAAACACACCAAGACAGUCAUGAAGAGGGCACAACAAAGCCUAUUCCCCCUCAGGAAACUAAAAAGAUUUGGCAUGGGUCUUCAGAUCCUCAAAAAGUUCUACAGCUGCACCAUCGAGAGCAUCCUGACUGGUUGCCUCACUGCCUGGUACGGCAAUUGCUCGGCCUCUGACCGCAAGGCACUACAGAGGGUAGUGCGUACGGCCCAGUACAUCACUGGGGCCAAGCUUCCUGCCAUCCAGGAUCUCUAUACCUGGCGGUGACAGAGGAAGGCCCUGACAGUCAUAGACUGUUCUCUCUACUACCGCAUGGCAAGCGGUACCGGAGUGCCAAGUCUAGGACAAAAAGGCUUCUCAACAGUUCUUACCCCCAAGCCAUAAGACUCCUGAACAGGGGCCCUAAUACUGAGACUUGGACUGAAAGAAGAGCACAGUCACACAUGGACUGACCCUGCUUUUGGUCUGUUAGUGCUGCUCAGGGUGAUCUGAGAUGGUCAGACUAUAUACCUACAGCUAUGAAGAACAGUGUGGACACACCUGGGCAGACUUGAAUGGAGGCACAGACCUGAAUACUCCUGGACAUAUAAAUAGACCUGCAAUCAGAAGCCUGAGCACACUGAGACCUCCACUGCUCUAAACAAGCCUCACCAUUGGCCAGUCACAUCCUGACCUGUGGCUGUUCCCGGUGGGCAGGGUUAAGAUGAGCCUGUCCAAUCAAAGCUGUGGUAGUAGCAUUGACGACCUGCGGCGCUACCAACAUCAUGUUUACGCAGUUGUCUACAGCGUCAUCUUGGCCCCGGGCCUUCUGGGUAAUGUCCUGGCUCUUUGGGUGUUCCAGGCAUACGUCAGGGAGACCAAGAGAGGUGUGGUGUUCAUGAUGAACCUGGCUGUAGCUGAUCUCAUGCAGGUCCUCUCCCUACCUCUCCGUAUCUACUACUACCUGAACCAUACCUGGCCAUUCGGCCAGCCUCUCUGCAUGUUGUGUUUCUACCUGAAAUACGUCAACAUGUACGCCUCUAUAUUCUUCCUGGUGUGUGUGAGUGUGCGGCGCUGUGAGCUCAUCAUGCACCCGCUGAGGUACCGUUCCAACAGACGACGAGGGGACAUGUGUGUAUGUGCCGCUGGCUGGUUGCUGGUCUGUCUCGGCUGUCUGCCUUUCCCUCUGCUCCGAAACACCAGCCUGACCCCUGACCUCUACACUCACACUGCCCCCUAUGACCUUACCCCUAACCCCUAUGCCUCCAGUCCUAGCUCAUAUGCCCCAGCCCCCAACUCUUCCCCAACCCCUACACCUGGCCCUACCUCCCUGGUGGCGGUGUGUUUUGCGGAGCUCCCCAUGCGUGAAGUCAGCCCUGCGGCCGGCUGGGCUCUGAUGGUGGGGGCGGAGCUGGUUGGCUUCAUCCUCCCUCUGAUCCUAGUUCUGACCUGCGCCUGUCUGUCAGCCGGCAGCCUGCGAGUCCACAGGGGGGAGGGGGAGGGGGGAGGGGUGAAGGACCAUGGGGAGAAGAAGAGGGCGUUGAGGAUGGUGUUGAGCUGUGCCGGGGUGUUCCUGCUCUGCUUCUCCCCAUACCAUGUCACCAUGCCACUAGACUUUCUGGCAAAGGCCGAUGCCCUGGGGAGCUGUGAGGUCAGAGAGAUGGUGCUGCGAUGCCAUCCUGUCACCCUCUGUCUUGCCAGUCUCAACUCAGGACUGGACCCUCUCAUGUAUUACUUUACUACAGAUGAGUUUAGGAGAAGAUUCAGCAGGCCAGAAAUACCUGAAAGCUUCAGUCUGGCUCCAAGACUAUCCUGUACUAGUGGUGGGGGGGAGAAGGACCUGCCUCUGACACCUGAACCUGACCUAUAACCCCUCAGCAGGCCAGCGAUACCUGAGCGCUUCAGUCUGGCUCCAAUAAUCUCCUGUACUAGUGGUGGGGGGAGCAAGGACUUGCCUCUAACCCCUGACCUCUAACCCUGACCCCAAGACUGUCCUGUACUGGUGGAGUCUGUACAUAUCCAGCAGUCUAUGGUCUAGAAUAGCCAUGUAGGGUACAUAUCCAGCAGUCUAUGGUCUAGAAUAGCCAUGUAGGGUACAUAUCCAGCAGUCUAUGGUGGAGUAACAACAAUAUAGAUAUAUAUAUAUAUAACAUCUAGAGGUCAGGGUUCACCCUGACCUCUAACCCCAAGACUGUCCUGUUCUGCCAUGGACAGCAAGGCAUGGGGGGAAAGAGAAACAAGGACAAAGACUGAACCCUGACCUCUAACCACAAAAUUGUCCUGUUCUGCUGUGGACAGCAAGUCAUGGGUGAAGAGGGGAAACAAGGACAAAGGGAACAAGGAGAGCGUUUCAAAUGUGAACUAAAGACAGUUUAUUACUCCAAAUGUGGACAUCUGCUGGACUGGUUUUGGAACUGCCGGUCUGUGGUAAAAAAUGAGCGUUCAUCUCAGCCUAGACUGCCUUUCAGUCCCUAGACUUGUUGGUCCUGGUGGAGAUAUGGAUCACCCCAGUGAACACUGCUACUCCAGUUGCCCUGUCUUUAUCUGACUCUCAUAGUCCGAGAGCAUCUGGUCAUCACUGUGGUGGCACAGUGCUACUCAUUUCUCAUAAUGGGAGAUUUUCUACUUUCUCCCUCACCUGUCCAUCUCCUCAUUUGAAUUCCAUGCUGUCAAUGUCACUUGUCAACUAAAGCUUAACAUUGUUUUAAUCUAUCGCCCAUCAGGUUCCCUUAGAGAGUUCCUCAAUGAGCUUGACACCUUGAUAACCUCAUUUCGUGACAAUGGCUCACCGCAAUCUCCUUUUCUUUCUCCCUUUCCUCCAACCAUAACCACUCAGCCCCUACCUAGAUGGUCAUGCACUGUCGUAAUCUUUUCUGUCUCUCUCCCACUACUCUCUCCUCUUCUAUCCUAUCUUCUCUCCCUUCUGCUAAAUCCUUCUCCCUCCUGUCUCCAUAUUCUGCCUCUUCGACCCGACUCUUUUUCUGCAUCCUAUGACUCUCACUGUCUCCUUUCCACCGGCCGGCUCCCAACCGGCUCAGGCUUCCCUUCCUGCUCCGUGGCUGAGUGACUCAUUACGAGCUUACAGAACAGGGCUGCAGACAGCUGAAUGACUCAUUAGGAGCUUACAGAACAGGGCUGCAGGCAGCUGAAUGACUCAUUAGGAUCUUACAGAACAGGGCUGCAGGCAGCUGAAUGACUCAUUAGGAGCUUACAGAACAGGGCUGCAGGCUGCUGAAUGACUCAUUAGGAGCUUACAGAACAGGGCUGCAGGCAGCUGAAUGACUCAUUAGGAGCUUACAGAACAGGGCUGCAGGCAGCUGAGUGAAAAUGGAGGAAAACUAAAUCAUUAUUUUACUCCCUCUUCUCUACCUUCUGUUCCUCUGUAUCUGCUGCUAACGCCACUUUCUAUCACUCUAAAUUUAAGAUUCUGCCUCUAACCCUAGGAAACUAUUUUCCUCGCCUUAAUCCCCCUCCCUCCUUCCUCCUCCCUCUCUGCAGACGACUUUGUCAACCACUUUGAACAGAAGGUUGACAACAUCUACUCCUCAUUCACUAUUGAAUCCACUGGUCCCAGAACUACCCUACGCCUGGACUUUUUUUUCGCCAGAUGAAAUCCUGCGACUAGUGAUUUCCGUCCGCCCGACAAUCUGCCCGCUCAACCCCACACCCUCCUCCCUUCUCCAGACCAUCUCUGGAGACCUUCUCCUAUUCGUCAUUUCCCUCAUCAACUCAUCCCUGAUCACAGGCUGCAUCCCCUCUGACUUCAAAAUGGCAGAGUCACUCCCCUCCUCAAGAAACCAACAAUUGACAUCAGAAACUAGGGAACGAUAUUCUAGAUCCUAACUAGUCAGGCUUCAAGACGGGUCACUCAACCCAGACUGCUCUCCUCUGUGUCACGGAUGCUCUCCACACUUCCAAACUGACUCUCUCUCGGUUCUCAUCCUCUUAGAUCUUUCCGCUGCCUUAUCGUGAAC